AUGAGGAAUAACAGUAAAUGUUUCUGGAACUUUAUUAAUUCUAAACGUAAGACCACUGGUUAUCCAAGCUGCAUGAAAUUCAAUGAUUCUACAACUAGUGAUGUUCAAAUAAUUUGCAACCUUUUUGCUAGAUAUUUCCAAUCCGUUUACUCCUCGGAAUUAUUUUCAAACCAGGAACUACCAAGUGUUUCUAAGGUUUUUGAUAUAGGUUCUAUGAUUUUGGAUGUAUCCGAAGUAGAACAAGCGUUGCUUGAGCUUGAUGCAAGUAAAAAUGAGGGUCCGGAUGGGAUUCCACCUAUUAUUUUUCAUAAAUGUGCUCGUUCACUGGCUAAACCACUUACGGAUAUUUUCAAUGCAUCUCUAUCCGAGGGUAAAUUUCUUGAUAGUUGGAAACUAUCAUUUCUUACCCCAGUUUUUAAAUCUGGAUCUAAGUAG